AUGGAGUUACUAAUUGGCUUAGCCAAUAAGAAUGGUGGUCAUUGGGAGGAGGAGGAGGGGGAGGAGGAGGAGGAGGAGGAGGAGGAGGAGGAGGAGGAGGAGGAGGAGGAGGAGGAGGAGGAGGAGGAGGAGGAGGAGGAGGAGGGUUCUAAAGCGGAUCCUUUGCGACGGCUGUCGACGCUCCACCUUCUGUCUGCGAAGAAAUUGCAGGAGAGCCUUCUCGUGCGAGAGGAGGAGGUUCGCGACAUGCUCGAUGCGAUCGCUGCUGACAUGCUCGCCGCUGACGUGGCUAGUACUGCUGACGAAGCUGCUGCUGACGCAACAACUAGUACCUCGGACGUGACUAACACGGGUGCUACUACUACGGGAGGAACCGCGAAGUCUGCGGCCGUGGCAGAAGAGGGGAGCAUAGUAGAAGUGCGAAGGUAUCUAAAUCGCGCGACGCUCAACAACAUUAUGCGCGUGACUGUCGGUAAGCGCUUCGGUUAUAAGUCGAUUCGCGGCGCGGAGAGCACCACGACAAAGGCGCUUCUCGACGCGGGGAUGCGCAUCGACUGGAACGCGUGCAUCGCCGCAACGGGCGGCGAGAAACGCGGCGGUGAGAUUCGACGCGGCGCUGUCGCCGACGCGGCUGCAUCUCCAGCCAUGGGGUCUGAGGCUUCGGCAGCGGCAGAACAAGAUAGCUCCAAGCUACUAUCCUCACAUACAGAGAAGGCGGAUAGUAGUACUAAUGCUGCUAAGAAGAACUCAUCGUGUUCAAUGGAAGAAGCGGAAGGAAAUAUAGCGCUCGCGAUAAUAGAGGAGGGCUUUGCUCUUGCGGGGACAUUCAAUAUCGCGGAUUUUGUACCGUGGCUGAGCUACCUCGACCCGCAGCACAUAUACGCGCGCACGAAGCGCCUCGUGCCGCAGCAGCACGGGUUGAUGCGCGCGUGCAUCGCGGAGCGACGCCAGCUCCUGCUGAAAACGCGGUCAGGGGGACGCGAAAAGCCGGAGGACUCGGCCCUUGUAGAUGCUUUGUUCGAGAUUGAAGGGGAGGGGGAGGAUAAAGUGGAUAAAGACGAGAUGCUGCUGCUCGCGAUUGAUAUGAUGAUGGCGGGCACUGAUACCACCGCCAAGACCGUGGAGUGGUCGCUUGCUGAGCUGGCGCAGCACCCUGACAUGCUGGAAAGGCUCCGUGCUGAGGUGGAUGCGGCGUAUGCCAGCCUGCUGCCCUUUGGUUCGGGCAGGCGCGGGUGCCUUGGGACGAAAAUGGGAUUGGACCUCUCUUCCCGCCUGCUGGCGAAUUUUGUUCUGCGGUUUGAUUUUGAGCUGCCCGAAGAUGUUAAGGCAGCUGGAGGAGUGGACAUGACAGAAACUUUUGGGUUGACCAUGGCUCUGGCAAAGCCACUCAGGCUUGUGGUGAGGGAGAGAAAGGCAGUGGUGGGGGCUGUUGGGAUGGCGGCAGUGGGGUCUACAGUGGUGACUGCAGGAGCCGGGUGCAGGGAAGUUCCAGUGGGUGCAGGGGGAGUUUCAGUGGGUGCAGUGGGAGUUCCAGUGUGUGCAGUGGGAGUUCCAGUGUGUGCUGUGGGAGUUCCAGUGGGUGCAGGGGAGUUUCAGUGGGUGCAGUGGGAGUUCCAGUGGGUGCAGAGGAGUUCCAGCGGGUGCAGUGGGAGUUCCAGUGGGUGCAGUGGGAGUUCCAGUGGGUGCAGGGGAGUUCCAGUGGGUGCAGCGGCUUGA